AUGCAUCGUGAAAUACAGAAAAUGAGGGAAAUUGCCCUUGUUUACCUUGACAGAAGUGGUGGCCUUCAGAAAUUCGUGCAUGAUUGCAAAAAAUACAACGAUUCAAAACAAAGUUAUGCUGUUUAUCGUUUCAUCAUUUCAAUAAAUCCUUCUGAUAUUGCUGAAUUAGAUGCAACUCUUGGAAACUACAUUCUUCAUAAUCCCAUACAAGCUGCACAGAUUUUUCAGUCAGUAUGUUUCAUAGCUAUUAAGACAUUGUCACUAAUUGAACAAUUGCAGACAGAGGCCCAGAUUAGUAUUCUGCUGAAACCAACACAUUUGCCACCUUUGCCAAGUUAUGUUCUCAGUCUUUCUGCGUUUCCCUUUAAUUACACAUCUCAAAGAUUUUAUAUGUCUGAAGGAAUAGCAAUUGCAAUGGGAACUGUAACAAAAUAUACACAAGGAGCAAGAUUCCUUUGCACUGAGGAAACCUGUCCAUUUUCUGAAGGGUUUAGGUACAUAAGAGUGCAUAUGCCUGGAGCUACAGAAUCAGCCACAGUGAGGAAUGAUUUUGUGUGUAGUUUGUGUUCUUCGCCACUGCAGGAAGACAUGAAAUUUAGAGUACUUGGUGACAAACAAAUAGUUGAAAUGAUUGAUGCAAAAGUUCUCAAUGCUUUGAAAGGAUAUUCCAGUGAUAAAUCACACUUUAGGAUUCAGACAUUUACAGUUUUCUUAAGAGAUGAACUGGCCAAUAAAAUGAAAAUAGGAAACCACUACAGGAUUAUAGGAAUUCCAGCUUGUGUACAAAAUGGCUUACAAGCUACAGCGUGUAUAGAAGUCAGUAGUGUACAGCUCUGUAAACCAAAUGGUCCUCCUUUUGUCGGUGACAAUUUUAAGUAUCUGCUCUCACUGACUUCAAGUUCAUGCUGGAGGUUUACUGCUGUCCUUGCCAAUAUCUUUGCUUCUCAAGUUGUUCCACCGGGCACUUACAAUACUCUUAAGCUUGCAAUAUUGCUGAGUCUUGUACAGACAGGUGAAAAAGAAAAUGCAGAUUAUCUGGAUCUGUUGAUUGUGACAAGUGACACGCUAGUAAUUGACAGGCUUCUGAAUUACAGCAUAUGCCUUCUGCCUCAUGGUAUACGACACCCACCUUCUAGUGAAAUUUUUCCUUCUGUUUCUAAAGAUAAACACGGAACUGGAAGUGCUAGUAUUCACGCUUGCUGGGGGGGGGGGGGGGGCCGGGAGGUGAUUGAUUGCGUAACUGAUGUAUUUUGUCCUGUCCUAGUGCUAGACAGCAGAACAACAACUGUGUUCAUUCCUGGGAAGAAGUACGGAGAAGAGGCUGACCAACAAGUUACUAUUUCAAUUCAGACCAAUUUUUGGUCUUUUGUAGAUAUGGGUUCUUCCUCAAAGAAACAUAUACAAAAGGAUAAUUUUCUAAUUGGACAGAUGGACGUGAGUUUGAUUCCACCUAACCUUCUAGAUGUUUUUGGGCUUCUGAUAUACAAUGAAUUUCCUGCUUGUCAACUGCCUUCUCCUGUUAUACAUCAUAUCUUGAAAAAAGCCAUUAAUCCUGAAGCCAUGCUGUACAAAGUCUCACAGCAGUUCAGAAUGCAGGAUUAUGAAGAGUUUAUUCUGUUUGCUAAGAAUCUUCAUGUUGAACUGAGUCCAGAAGCAGAAAACCUCAUUCAGGGCUACUACGUUGCAAGUCGCAGAGUGAGAAGAGAUUCUAUUCAUGGAUCAACAUUAUCAGCAUCUGCAUUAAAAAUUCUGAUUUCACUGUCUAAGGCUCAUACUAAACUAAGUUUAAGAAAGAAAGUACUUGAGGAAGAUGCAUUGAUUGCCAUCUUGUUACUUGAAUCAUCUCUUACCCUAAAACACGGCACAUCUGCAUUAUGCAUAGGACCAAAUCCUCUAUUUCCAUUUGACCUCCGUGAUGAAAACUCCCUGCAACAGAGAGAUAGUUACCUCAUGCAGUGUCACCAUCAACUGCUGAAGUUUAUUGGAGCAUAUGGCCCAGGAACUCACAUUAACAUUAAUGAAGAGUGA